AUGGCUGUUCCUGGCACUCAGAUUUCCAAGCGGAGAAAGUUCGUCGCCGAUGGUGUUUUCUACGCCGAGCUGAACGAGUUCUUCCAGCGCGAGCUGGCCGAGGAGGGCUACUCCGGUGUCGAAGUCCGCGUCACCCCGACCGUCACCGACAUCAUCAUCCGCGCCACACACACCCAGGAGGUCCUCGGCGAGCAGGGACGCCGCAUCCGUGAGCUUACCAGCCUCAUUCAAAAGCGCUUCAAGUUCCCCGAGAACUCGGUCUCCCUCUAUGCCGCCAAGGUCCAGAACCGCGGUCUCUCGGCCGUCGCCCAGUGCGAGUCGCUCCGCUACAAGCUCCUCAACGGUCUCGCCGUCCGCCGUGCCUGCUACGGUGUCCUCCGCUUCAUCAUGGAGAGUGGCGCCAAGGGCUGCGAGGUUGUCGUUUCCGGCAAGCUGCGCGCCGCCCGCGCCAAGAGCAUGAAGUUCACCGACGGCUUCAUGAUCCACUCCGGCCAGCCGGCCAAGGACUUUAUCGACAGUGCUACCCGCCACGUCCUGCUCCGCCAGGGUGUGCUUGGUAUCAAGGUCAAGAUCAUGCGCGGCAGCGACCCCGAGGGCAAAGCCGGCCCGCAGAAGUCGCUGCCUGACGCCGUCACCAUCAUCGAGCCCAAGGAGGAGACCCCGGUUGUUCAGCCCAUGAGCCAGGACUACGGCGCUAAGGCCGCCGCUGCCCAGGCUGCUGCUGAGGCUGCCCGCCAGGAGGAGCAAGCCGGGGAGGAGGAGCCCGCCCCCGUCGAGCAAUAG